CAAGGUCAACAAUUGGUUGUUUGUAGGAAGAGGACUAGUCAGGGACUGUGGAAGGAUUUGGCAGGAGAGGGUAUAACCCCUCCUCCUCUAGCCUGGGCUGGGGGGCCAUGUCUGGAAGAUUGGAUUGAGGCCAGGGCUGUGCCCCUUCCUUGGGGGAGGGGGGACGCCAAGAAAUGCCAGAGCUCAGGCCACCUGCUAGGGCUGAUAAGGGGCCCUCACAGCGCUCCCACAAACGGUUUAUCAUUGGGGGUGGGAUCAGCCUGCAGGACUCAGGAGGGGGCACAAGCAUGGAGCGGCUUUGGGGUCUACUCCAGGGAGCGAAAAGGUUGUCCCCACGACCCUCUCAGACCAUCUACAAGCAUGUGGAAGGCACCCAGCAGGGGUGCCCGGAGGAGGAAGAGGAAGAAGAAGAGGAGGUGGCCAAGCCACCAGGCCACUUCUGUCCCAUGGAGCUGAGGGGCCCUGAGCCCCUGGGCUCUCCAGCAGGACGGCAAAACCUCGGACUCUGGGCAGCAGCAGGACGAAGGGCUGCUCCCUACCUGGUCCUGACAGCCCUGCUGAUCUUCACUGGGGCCUUCCUUCUGGGCUAUGUGGCCUUCCGAGGGUCCUGCCAGGCCUGCGGGAACGACGUGAUGGUGGUCAGCGAGGAUGUGAACUAUGGGCCGGGCCCGAACUCCCACCAAGGCACAUUAUACUGGAGUGACCUCCAGGCCCUGUUCCUACGGCACCUGGGCCAGGGGAGCCUGGAGAACGCCAUCAGACAAACCAGCCUGAGGGACAGGGUUGCCGGCUCAGCUGGGAUGGCCGCCCUUGCUCGGGACAUCCACGCUGCACUUUCGCGCCAGAAGCUGGACCACGUGUGGACAGACACGCACUACGUGGGGCUGCAGUACCCAGACCGGGCUCACCCCAACACCCUGCACUGGGUCGAUGCAGCCGGGAGGCUCGGGGAACAGCUGCCGCUAGAGGACCCGGACGUCUACUGUCCCUACAGCGCCACCGGCAACGCCACGGGAGAGCUGGUGUACGCCCACUACGGGCGGCCGGAGGACCUGCAGCACCUGCGGACCCGGGGUGUGGAGCCGGCGGGGCGCCUCCUGCUGGUGCGCUUGGGGGUGAUCAGUUUUGCCCAGAAGGUGGCCAGUGCCCAGGACUUUGGGGCAGGAGGAGUACUCAUCUAUCCCGACCCAGCCGACUUCCCCCGGGGCCCACACAAGCCAGGCCUGUCCGGCAGCCGGGCUGUGUAUGGACAUGUGCACCUGGGGACUGGGGACCCCUACACGCCUGGCUUCCCUUCCUUCAAUCAAACCCAGUUCCCUCCAGUCCAGUCCUCGGGCCUUCCAAGCAUCCCAGCCCAGCCCAUCAGUGCGGACGUUGCCUCCCUCCUGCUGAGGAAGCUUGCAGGUCCCGAGGCCCCACAAGAAUGGCAGGGGCAGCUCUCCGGCUCCCCUUAUCGCCUGGGUCCUGGGCCAGGCCUGCACCUAGGGGUCAACAACCGCAGGGCUUCCACCCCCAUCAGCAACAUCUUUGGCUGCAUCGAGGGCCGAUCAGAGCCAGAUCACUAUGUUGUCAUUGGGGCCCAGAGGGAUGCGUGGGGCCCUGGGGCAGCCAAGUCUGCCGUGGGGACUGCCAUCCUGCUGGAGCUGGUGCGGACCUUUUCCUCCAUGGUGAGCAAUGGCUUCCAGCCUCGAAGAAGCCUUCUCUUCAUCAGCUGGGAUGGAGGUGACUUUGGGAGUGUGGGCUCCACAGAGUGGCUGGAGGGCUACCUUAGCCUGCUGCAUCUCAAAGCCGUGGUCUAUGUGAGCCUGGACAAUGCCGUGCUGGGGGACGACAAGUUCCACGCCAAGACCAGCCCCCUUCUGAUUAGCCUCAUCGAGAACAUCCUGAAGCAGGUGGAGUCUCCUAACCACAGCGGGCAGACCCUUUAUGAGCAAGUGGCGUUCAGCAAUCACAGCUGGGAUGCAGAGGUAAUCCAGCCACUGCCCAUGGAUAGCAGUGCCUAUUCCUUCACUGCCUUUGCGGGGGUUCCUGCCAUCGAGUUCUCCUUCGUGGAGGACGGCCAGGUGUACCCGUUCCUGCACACGAAGGACGACACAUAUGAGAACCUGCACAAGGUGCUGCGGGGCCGGCUGCCAGCUGUGGCCCAGGCUGUGGCCCAGUUUGCAGGGCAGCUCCUCAUCCGGCUCAGCCACGAUCACCUGCUGCCCCUGGACUUCGGCCGCUACGGGGACGUGGUCCUCAGGCACAUCGGCAGCCUCAACGAGUUCUCUGGGGACCUCAAGGCACGCGGGCUGACCCUCCAGUGGGUGUACUCUGCACGAGGGGACUACAUCCGGGCGGCAGAGAAGCUGCGGAAAGAGAUCUACAGUUCUGAGGAGAGCGAUGAAAGGCUGACACGCAUGUACAACGUGCGCAUCAUGCGGGUGGAGUACUACUUCCUGUCCCAAUAUGUGUCGCCGGCUGACUCCCCGUUCCGACACAUCUUCCUGGGCCGUGGAGAUCACACGCUGGGCGCCCUGCUCAACCACGUGCGGCUGCUCCGCUCCAGCAGUUCCGAGGCCCCAGGGGCUGCCACCUCCGGGGUGGCGCCUGGCCUGGGCUUCCAGGAAAGCCGAUUUCGGCGCCAACUGGCCCUGCUCACCUGGACGCUGCAGGGGGCCGCCAACGCACUCAGCGGGGAUGUCUGGAACAUAGAUAACAACUUCUGAGGAGUGGGGAUACAAGCUCUUGCCCCCAGCCAAGAGCUCCUGCUCUUCCCACUUGGGCGAUUUCUGGGUGACUGUGCAACACCUCUCAUUGCUGACGGAUUUCUCAUUAGUCCUCCCUGUCUCCUUAGGGGCCCAGUGUAAAAUACCCAUACGCCCUUGCCCUACAGUGUAGGAUUAGGUGAGCAGUGCCUUCCAAAAGGGAGGGUCAUGCUGUCAGCUAAUCAGAUAGCAGCAUCUGUUCCAUCAAUCACAGCCCCUUCCCCUUCAAGAGCCAGGUGUCCCAUACCAAGAGACCACUCUGGAAGGUUUCUGGGGGACCUGGCCAGCUUUCUUGGUGGGAGAGAUGGCUGGGACCAUGCCUAUGGCUAACAUGUGGCCUGUGGUAGAAGGGGCUGAGGUAUGAACUUCAAUAAACUACCUGGGCAUCUGUUGUUUGUAAGCACCUUUAUGCUUCCUCACUCUCACCCCACCCAAUCAUCGCUUAU